AUGUGUCCCGUGCAUCGCCUUGUCGACCACACGGUCUCCGUCACAAGUGAAAACUGUGCCAGCAAAUUGGUAUCUGACCUCGUUCUUCCUGGCGAAGUAAGCUUUGGUGCCGAGGUCCAAUUCGAAAUGGAGGCUCGGAUUGCGCUACGCUUGGCCCACUUUCUCAGCGCUUACUACCAGAAUGACAUAAUUGGCGAACGUUACGGAAGUCUAAAGUCGGGCUUCCCUCUAAACCGGUUUGAGCUGUUUGGUGAAGUUUUCGCAAAUGUUCUGAGCAGUUUCCAGAUAGUUUCAAGCGGAAUUUUCUUCGACUUCCAGCGUUUUAAGGAUCAAGAUGGCACCAUCUGGGACUUGUUUGCUCCAUUUGCCUACAAACCGCGCCAGUCUACACAAACUGCCGAAGCUCUAGACAUGAGUCUUAAGGGGUAUCGGGACUAUCCUGAAAAGAUAUGGUUCAGAGCCCUAAAAGUGGGUAAUUAA